CAGUUCUUAUAGUUCACUUACAUCGUGAGGCGACUGAAGAGUUGGCGGAUAAAACUGCAAUAUUGCAAUAAUUUACAGAUUGCACAGCUGUGAAAAUCCAAGAGCAUCAACAUGCGUGUCCUUCUAUUCAUUGCUGUCCUCGCUCUCCUGGCCAUUUCCGCUGUGACGCCAAUAACUCCUUUCCCCAACUGGCCUAAGUGGGCUGGACCCGGUCCAGUCAUUUUAAAAACUCCCCGACCGCUGAAGCAUUGAACUACGGAAAUAAAUGAUCUUGAAAGCUCACAUCGAACCUAAAAAAAAGAUCUCCAAAAAAAAGAACCGCUUGUAAAACUUUCCAGCGAGACAAUUGUUCAAAUACCAAAGCACAAAUAAAUAUUUUGUAGCAGAUUCUACGAAUCGUCCGAAAUUCGCCAGACUUUUCCUAUAAAAAGCUGAAUGCAGUACGAAAUUGGAAAGUAGUUUUCGCAAUAACUCCUUGGACUCAACUUCAAGAUGCGUUCCCUGAUGCUUGUCGCUCUUUUGGCCUUCUUGGCUGUUGGCUUUGUGGCUGCCCGUCCAGCUGAGGAUGAGGAGUCCGCACCUGCCGUGGUUGAGAGUGCCGAUGAGGAUUCGACCAGCAACGAUGCGGAUGUGGAUGCGGAUGAAUCUACUGAUGACGAGGAGUCGGCUGAUGAUGGUGAAGAUUCUGGCGAUUCCGCUGACGAAUCCAGCGAUGAUGCCGAUGAGGAAGAGCCAAUAACUGCUGCUCCGGUCAAGAAGCAAGUGCGUCCCUUCUGGCCCAGAUUCGGAGGUCAUGGUCCAGUCGUGGUCAGACCUCACCGCAGCCUUGUCAAGGUCAAAGCCCAAUAAACUGGUUUGCUUAAACACUCUUUUCUAUUUUUCUAAAUAAAAAAUGUUAACUUCAACUGCA